AUAAUAAGACACCCCUCUCUUCUUUCACACUUAAUUAGCUUAGCUUGCACAAAAAUGGCCUCCGGAAAUGUUGAAAAGUUAGAGCUUAGUUUCAGUGCUGUUCCUGACAAACCAAAGAAAGAUUGGGUCCUUAUGUCUCUAAGGGUUCUUGCAUUUUUGGCCACAGCUUCAGCUACACUUGUUAUGGCACUCAACAAACAAACCAAAAACUUUGUUGUUGCCACCAUUGGUACCACCCCUAUAACAGUGUCUAUUACUGCAAAGUUUCACCACACCCCUGCUUUUAUAUUCUUUGUGAUAGCCAAUGGAGUUGCAAGUCUUCAUAACUUGGUCAUGAUAGGAGUGGACAUAUUAAUGAAUUUGGUUCUAGCAUCAGCUGGAGAUGGAGCAGCAACAUUCAUGUCAGAAUUGGGAAGGAAUGGGAACACACAUGCAAGGUGGGAUAAGAUAUGUGACAAGUUUGAAUCAUAUUGCAACAGAGGUGGUGCUGCACUCAUUGCUUCUUUCAUUGCCAUCAUUCUUCUCCUCGUUACCACAGUUAUGUCCAUCUCCAAGCUAAAGCCUAAGAACUAAUGUUACUUCUUCAUAUAUAUGCUGUGGCCUAAGAAUACUUCAUCAUACACAAAAUGUUCUUCUGUAUUAUUUUUCUUUUUUUUUUCUCUCUUAUCUUCCUACUUUGUUUGAGUGUCACAAGGUUUGAUAUAUGUGAUUAGUUAAUUCAAGACCACAAAUAAAUAUGUAGAUUGAGUGGAACUUUAUUUUGUGUUUGUAUAGUUUGUACUUUGUAUUACUAGCUUAUGUCCCAUUUCAAGUAUAUGCAUGUAAUAUGUGGGUGUAUUUUUAUAUAAAUACUUCUACUUAGCUUAUA